AAGAUGCACUCAUCCGCUCGCCGUCCGGUUUCCCUUGCUCCCGUCGUACUGUCACCGUGCACCUACGAUGGCUCCCCCGCGCAGACCGCUGUGUUGGUUGGUCAGCUCUGGCAUGAUGUUCGCGUCUUUGACUCUGCUUUGCUUCUGCUUUCAGGAUCAUGAUACCGCGAUACUGAGUGUUCGGCGCACUCGGAACGUGCCGCCCUUCGAGCAUCUGCUCUACAAGGCAGAGGAGCGGUAUGGUGAAUCGAUUGCGAUGCGCGACAAGCUAAUCGCACAGUUGCGACUGGAUGAUAGCAUCAUGCCCAACGCGACGACACUCCUGCAGCUCUUCCCUGCCUCAUUCAACUUCCCGUCCGCUCUCAGCCUAGCCGGAAAGGCCUCGGUUUACGAUCUCAGACGAUUCGCUGGCCUUGCGGACAACAUGCGCAGGUCGCGCGGGUGCGCUAUCGUCACGGUUGGACCGAUGGACGACAAUUUCGCGUCGGAUGUAGGCGCGGCCGUCCCAGAUUGCUCCACAACAGCCUACACACCAGGUCCUGCGGGAUUUGGUCACGGUCGCGUCUUUCAAGUGAUAGGUCGCGGAGGCUAUACUCUGGGCCGCGGUUGGGUCGGUCUGGGGCCUCUGCCGACACCCGCUAAGGAAUUGAAGCUCUUGGGACAGCAGGCUGGAGGUGUUCAACGUCUAUAUGCUGACCAUGAGCAUGCCUACACGCUCGAGCGAUUGCUGGGCGGAGAUAAGUCUCCGAGGUUCGCGGAUGUUCUUCGAGUGGAUCUUCCGUUCAAUGAGACCGUCUAUGCACUUGCUUCGCUUUCCUCAGCCGGCGGCGACGAUGACGCAACUGUGCUCCCGACAGCACAGCUUAUCCUGACAUUCCGACCAAGUGAGGACCAGACCGAGAUGCCGCAAUCAUAUCUAGGCUUCCGAAGUUGGUGGGAAUCGCUCGAGCGUGUUGGUAUGAGGCCGUCCGCUGUCCAUUGGCGGGAUGACGGUGCGUUAGAGUAUACAUUUAUGAACAUCCGCGCGUUCUUGCUUAGCCACUCGGGCUCUGAGCGGAGGUAACCCGGCACGGGCCCGGGUUCCUUGUCCCUCGUUCUGUGGUGUAAGAUUUGGGUUUUUGGAUACGGGGCAGCGAUGGUGUAACACAGGUUUAGAGAUGCUAUUAGAAUGUGAUUCACGAUUAUAGAUUACGGACGCUGUUGUACAGGUACUACGAUUCACGAUCAUCUUGAGACCAAUGUCGAGGGUCAUGUUGUGUCAUCA